GUCAGGCAGCAACGAAGCAAAGAUUAUCAGCUGUAUUGGAUUAACUUUUGCUGGUUGGAUUCACCAUGGUACACCUGGGAUGGCUGUGGACCAAGGCUCUGUAUUUAGUAGUCAUGGCCGGUUCCGGGCUCGUGGCUCUUCAGUCUCUUGACCUGCCUGAUUCUCUCAGUGUAGAGCAACCUGGCUCUGCACAGUUUGCCUUCUAUUUGCCAAUGCAGAUCACCAACCGAGUUUUCACCAAAGAACUGCUCGACCCAGCAUCUAAGGAAUAUCAAACCAUGUACAAAGAAGUCAAUGACCUGUUGAACAACGUCUAUAACUGCCCUACCACCUGUCCAACAAGUUCCUUCUAUGGAGGUGUUUACACAAUGACAUUCAGCUCUGGAUCAGUCAUCGCAAAUGCAACUGUUAUCUUCUAUAACAGUAUCAACAGCAACCUUGUCGCUCUCUUUUUUUCCAAUGCCAAUGCUAUCAAACCCCAAGUCCUCCACCUAAACGAGACGUACACAACCCGUAACAACAUACUACCAACUACAGUGACAAAGACAACAACAACAACUGCUGCCACCAUAACUACAACAACACUAACUACCACACCAGCAACUACAUCAACCACAACACCUACAACAACUACACCUAGACCAACAACAACACUUACAACUACCACAGCAAGAACUACAACAACACUUACAACUACCAUGGCAACAACGACAACCACAACAACAAGCACAACACCUACAACAACUACACCUAGGCCACCAACAACACUUACAACUACCACAGCAAGAACUACAACAACACUUACAACUACCAUGGCAACAACGACAACCACAACAACAAGCACAACACCUACAACAACUACACCUAGGCCACCAACAACACUUACAACUACCACACCUACAACAACUACAACAACUACACCUAGACAUACAACAAUAACAACCCCACCUACAACUACGACAAUAGUUAGGACUACCACUCCGAAAACUACAUCAGCCACUACACCUACAUCCACCCCACCCAUAACUAUAACAAUCACACAUUUAAAAUCAUUAUCAAUUACACCCACUUCAAUAUUUACAACUACCACGCCAACAACUACAAGAACCACAACACCUACAACAACUUCACCUAGAUCUACAACAACACUUACAACUACCACACCAACAAUUAUAUUAACCCCAACACCUACAACCACUUCACCUCAACCUACAACACUUACAACUACCAUGCCAACAACUACAUCAACCACAACACCUACAACAACUACACCUAGAACUACACUUACAACUACCACGCCAACAACUACGACAACCACAACACCUACAACAACUACACCUAGACCAACAACAACAAUACUCACAACUACCACACCAACAAUUACAUCAACCCCAACCCCAAAACCUACAACCACUUCACCUCGACCUACAACAACACUUACAACUACCACGCCAACAACUACAUCAACCACAACAUUUACAACCACUUCACCUCGACCUACAACAACACUUACAACUACCACAUCAACAAUUAUAUUAACCCCAACACCUACAACCACUUCACCUCAACCUAAAACACUAACAACUACCAUGCCAACAACUACAUCAACCACAACCACACCUACAACUACAACAACCCAAACACCUACAAGUACCAUAACACUUACAACUACCACACCAAUAAUUACAUCAACCACAACACCUACAACUACACCUAGACCUACAACAACACUUACAACUACCACACCUACACCUACUACAACCACAACCACACCUACAACUACAACAACCCAAACACCUACAAGUACCACAACACUUAAAACUACCACACCAACAAUUACAUCAACCACAACACCUACAACUACACCUAGACCUACAACAACACUUACAACUACCACACCUACACCUACUACAACCACAACCACACCUACAACUACCCAAACACCUACAAGUACCACAACACUUACAACUACCACACCAACAAUUACAUCAAUCACAACACCUACAACUACACCUAGACUUACAACAACUCUUACAACUACCACGCCAACAACUACAUCAACCACAACAUUUCCAACCACUUCACCUCGACCUACAACAUCACUUACUGAAUCACUUACCACAACUACUAGAACCACAAAGUUUAACACUAUCAUUACACCUACAAAUACUUUAAUAACUACAAAAACUACCACAAAAGCUACAAAUACCCCAGAUACCACAACAGCAUCUUCAACCACCAAGACAAAUAAUGCAACUUAUAGUGACCCUACAGUGAACAGCGCAACAACUGUGAGUGAUAAACCCACAAAUUCUCACAGUAUUUCAACUGGGAAGACGGUAGCUCCCCAGACAUCGGGCAGCAGCAAAGGGGGCAAUGACGGGGUACCUGGAUGGGGUAUUGCCCUCUUAGUAUUGGCCUCUGCUAUCUUGUUGCUACUCAUAAUCAUCUUUAUUUGGAUGUUGGUCCGAUGGUGUUGUACGCCAACAAAAAGCGUUCAAAUGAACACUACACAGGAUCCAUACUACUCUGAUAAGACACAAACGCCUCAAGGCCCUCUGCCUGGAUACUCAGCUCAAACCCCAGUGGAACCGAACCCGGGGUCUGCCCCUGUCAUUAUUGGGGACACUCCCAAGAAGAACAGAACAGGGUUCUAUGCUGUAAAUCCCUGAAAUGAUCUGCAUGAAUGGCAACAGGUAGCAGACUUCAUUUGGUAGAUCAUUGAUAUGCUUCCCAGGCACAUGGAGAAAUACCUUUGGAUUCUGACCCAGUGUCCACAAUAAUAACUUUAAAGUUUAUAGCAAUACACGUUUAACUUUCUCAAAGUUGAUAUUUAUGCAACAUACAGUAUGCUUUGAACUCAAAUCUGAUUGCCAAUGCUUUUUUCCUGUAUCCAUGAAGUAUUUUGAUUGACACAAACUUGAAUUGAAUAACAUUUUGGGAAAACCACAUAACUUCAAAUUGCUGGGUUUUAUAUGGUCAUAUUGUUAAAGGCAUGUUCACGCAAAUGUUAAUGAAAAUGCUGUCUCCCCAUGUUUAGUCAUUUUUACUCAAAGAACAGCUGAAUGUUCAGUAACUGAUAGUCAUCUAAUGCCACGUCAAAUACAGAGGGAGUGACGUGCCUCCGACCUCUCCCACUGUCUACACAGCAAUGAUCUUAAUCACUGCCUACUUAUUACAGAAUGUGUUUGACAGUCACACCACGCUGUUUGAUGAUACAAGGAGGCUGGCCAUUGUGUGUUUUUGAAUGAAUCUAUUAAACAAAGGCAUGCUUUCUAUAAAUACCAAUGUGCCAAGAGAGGGUUUAAAGUUCAACAAACAAAACCAAAACACCAAAUCACUAAGCGUGCAGUCAAAGGAGCAUUUAUCCGGUUUCUACAUCCUCAAACUCGCUCCACAGUGUAGGAAAGUUGGAUUCAUGAUAAUAGCACCACUGAUUAUAAACAUUUGUUUAAUUUAGUUCUGUCAAUAGAUUUUUUUUAAAUGAACUAAUCUCAGAUUUUGAAAUUCGUUAAUCCAGAUUAAUGUGGUUAAUUGCUGUUCAAAAGUUUGUUUUUCUUCCAAAGAAUAAAUGAUCAAGUAAUCACUUUAGAAAGACCUUUUUUUAGCCACUAAACUGCACACAUGUGAUCAUCACUAAGACACAAUUCCAGCGGGCGGAUCAUGUUGAACUACGACUCUUCCUGCUCGUGCACUUUGCUCUCAACUCUCCAUCGUUUGACGGCUGUGUGCCAACAUUGUCCCCACAUUUAGCAGGACGUUUUCAAACCAUGGUCUUUUAGGGACACAGUGGUUGUCCUCUGCAGGGUAGAAAAGGAAGUAGCUUAGCAGCUAGCAACAUGUUCCUAAAGUGGACCGUUUGUCACUCAUCCACCUUCUGUCUGACACGUGGAAGAAUUUCUCUGCACAGCCCUCUGCUGUACCUAUUCCCUUUCAAUGCAAAAAGCUCUCGGUUUCUCUGAUCCAAGUGAUCCGGGGUCAACACACACGGGAAGUCAUCAAAGUGGCGUUAACUGCGUUAACGUUUUUUAUCGUAGAUAUAUGACAUAGUUAAACUGAGAACUAGUGUGAAUGUUAACAAACAUCCUGUUUGCAGUAGUAAGGAUUAAAGUGUUUAACUCACACCCACAAAACAGGAGAAGAGACACACCUGUGUUUACCUAGGAAAGCCACACGAUGAAGGAAAAGAAUGACUCAGUCAGGGUUGUGUUCUUUAUUUAGAGAAUAAACUCUAUUGGAUAUUAAGGUAUUAAGUAUAGAAUAGGAUUAGAGCUGGAGUAGUAGCCUGGUGACUGGUCCAAGAACACAUCAUACCUGUCCUAUCAGGAGCCAGCUAUAGCAACCUUAACAGCACAUGAACUGAUUAUACGUGUGAACCUUACUGAAAUGAACUGAAUGUCAUGUCAAAGACAUCCCAUUAUUUAUAGAGAAUUAGUGGAUUUGUGUGAAGUUCUGAGAAUGAGGCAUUCUUUUAGAAAAUAUGUAAACAACUGUAGAAUGAAUAACAAUGCUAAUAUAGUGAAUCAUAUCAAAUAAAAAAAUAAUUCUCUGUAUUUUAUUCAAUGAAAGCCAAUGAUGAAUAGCUGAUAUUUAUUAUUCAUUUUUCUUUUAUAUGUUUUUAAGACCAUUAAUUC